AUGCCAAAGUAUUACUGUGAUUAUUGCGACACAUUUUUAACACACGAUUCGCCAUCGGUUCGCAAAACUCACAAUGGCGGAAGAAAACACAAAGACAACGUCAGAAUGUUUUAUCAGGUGAGUUAAUUUUUAGCAAUUAAAUAUGUAUUGAAAAGUUGUUGUUUCAGAAGUGGAUGGAAGAUCAAGCACAAAAAUUAGUCGAUCAAACAGCAAGGGCAUUUGCUACAAAUAGAGUGAGUUAUUUUUUCGAAAAAAUAAUCUAAAAAUCCCUGUUUUUCUAGAUGGCGGGAGCUGUUCCACGCACAACAAUCGGAUUACCACCAGUACAUCAUCAUCCAAUGAUGGGAGCUCCAGGUAUCCCAGUCGCCAUGGCUCCACGACCAUUCCCAGUUGGUUUCCCUGGCGCGCCAAUGCCUGGCUAUCCGGUUGGCGCAAUGCCAAUGAUUCCACGCGGCCCACCACAACCAUAUCGUCAAAUGUAA